CGUGAGUCUUUGCGAGUCGUUUCGUACGUACGGCAGCAACCGGUCGAUUUUAAUGCGGUGCACGUCAUAUUUUUCAAGGAAAACAACAAUCUUUUACAAGGAAGAAUCGUUGCGAAUACGCUGAUUAUUUCCAACAUAACCAGUGCUUCUGAUGUAAUGGGGACAUAUAUUCCCUUUAGUUUCAAAUUCUUCAAGAAACAAGAAUAGGAAACUGUAUGAAUUUAAAGCCGAAUCUAAGGACUUCGAAUAUCAAAUAUCAUGGAGAUAUUGAAACUCAACUGAUAAAGCCUCGAUUGAAGAUUAAAGUUGACAUUAUUAUCCGGUGAAAUCAUCGACAAGCUGAAUUUUUUACAGUAUCGAGUUUAUGAUUGAAAACGUUUGUUCACUGGAAUGAUAACACUACAUGAUUCUAGAUGUAAUAGAAUUUAAAAAUUUCUCAAAUGAUAUUUGUUCAUGUUGGAUUGAUUAAUUGAUAACGAAGUGACGAUCCCGUGAGGUUUAUUGUAGCACGCAGAGAUUGAACGUCUCUGCAUCUCGACGGUAGAUUUUAACUGUCGCGCUUGUGAGCGAGAAAUUUGACAGCUAAAGUGCAGUAUGGCCUUGUUACGUUACGCAUGGAUUUUAAUAUUAUUAGCUUUAACAUAUGUUCAGGGAGCCCUUAAAGUGUCAUCGCAGGAUUUAAAAGUACUUCUCAAUCAACAAAAUUCAUUUAACAUUUCCUUAACGGAAGCUUUAUCUGACACAAAUGCAACAGUUAUAAUAGAUAUACAGCAUCCUGAUUUGAUAUCUACAAAACCAUCUAACUUUACUAUUACAUCGGAUGUAAAAAAAAAUUGGAUUAUUUAUGUAAAAGGUCUGAGUGCGGGUCACUCAAUUGCUAGUGCUAAUGUAACUCCCAGUAAUAUUACAGAUUUCUCUCAAGCAUUUGUUAGAGUGACUAUAGAGAAAUCGGAUGUGCUGUACCAUAUUAGUGCUGUGGUUGGAUGGAUAUAUUUUUUAGCAUGGAGUGUAAGCUUCUAUCCACAAAUUUAUAUUAAUUAUAAACGAAAAAGUGUUGUGGGACUUAACUUCGAUUUUCUCUCACUAAAUGUUGUCGGUUUUUUUAUGUAUGCAUUAUUUAAUUGUGGCCUUUUUUGGAUACCUGAGAUUGAGGAUGAAUAUUUUAAUCGAUAUCCAAAAGGUUUGAAUCCUGUACAAAUCAAUGAUAUAUUUUUCUCUCUACAUGCAGUAUUUGCUACUAUUAUAACUAUCGGACAAUGUUUCAUUUAUGAGAUUGGUAAUCAAAGAGUAUCAACGAUUGCACGUAUUAUUCACGGAAUAUUUGCCACUUUUAUAUUAAUAUCUUUGGUAUUAUCCUUCGUCAACACAAUCCACUGGCUAGAUUUUCUCUAUUACUGUAGUUAUGUCAAGCUCAGUAUAACGCUUAUUAAAUAUGUACCGCAAGCGUAUUACAAUUAUAGAAGAAAGUCCACAGUUGGUUGGAGUAUAGGAAAUAUAUUCUUAGAUUUUACCGGUGGCACUCUAUCAAUGCUACAAAUGAUACUCAACGCUUAUAAUUAUGAUGAUUGGGAAAGUAUUUUUGGAGAUCCGACUAAAUUUGGUCUAGGAUUCUUUUCUGUGGCAUUUGAUAUAUUUUUCAUAAUUCAACAUUAUGUCCUAUACAGAUAUAAUGAUGAAAAGGUGAUUGACCUGAACGGCAAAAUAUAACGACAUCAUCGAGAACUUAAUUUCCUUCCUUAAAAAUUUUUCCAUGAUCUACGUUUUAUACACGUUUUAUGCAUUUUAAAAAUCAUUUCGCAUCAUUUGCAUAAAUAAUUCUUCAUUCGUCAUUAUCAUGUACAUCAGAUACAAUUAAGUAGGAAAUAAAGUGCAUAUAUAACGAGUAUAUAUAUGCACAAGCAUACGUGAUAUUGAAAAAUACGCACAUUUUGAUAUACCCUCUUUUCAUCUCAAUACUUAUUCCACGGAACGUAUUUUUUUUAA